AUGUUCCACGGUCCGGGGUUUCCACCCAACGGCUCCCUCGAGGAGGACGGUCCGCUGAGCCAGGCCUGCGGGCGUCCGGGCCCGGGGCUCGCCUGCUCCCCGCGCGCCCGACUCGGGCGCGCGCCCUUCCCAGGCGGCGGCGCCGGAGCGCGGCCCCUCGCGGCCUCUCCCGCGCGUCCCGUCCCGGCUGGGGCUGACCCGGGAGGCGGCGAAGGGGCCAGUGGCGCGGCAGCGACUUCGCGGCGCCCCGGGCGUGAGGCCGGCCCGCCUGACCUCACAAUGCGCGCCGAGCGGAGGGCGCCGGCGGGAGGGGGUCCGCGGGGAGCCCCGCGCCCGGAAGGCCGCGCCGCGCCGCGCUCACCUGCGUCUCCCCCGCCAUCGCGCUCCGCUGCCUCCACUUCCGCAGCGCCGCGGUCGCCGGCCCCGCCCGCGGCCCACAGGCCUCAGCCCCCGGGAAGCUCGGCCGGCGCCCGCUAUCACCUUGCGCCGCGCCGCCCAGGCCGCCGCCGGCACCGCCGGGAGAGCGCACGGUCGGCCGCGCUCUGCGGGCUUCAGGCUUUGCGACCCUGCCGUACCGCAGCCCCGCGCGCGCGCGCGCGACUCUGCCGUGUGGCGCGGGAGGUGGCGCACGCUGCCAUGGCGGCCCUGGGCUCCGGGCGGAAGGCUCUGUGCUCGCCCCUGUGCCGCGGAUUCGCGGGCUGCGGCUGCCGGCUCGCUUCGGAGCGCGGGGCCGAGAGGAGGGACGCGGCGCCCGGCCUGGACUCAAGAUUCUGCCCUCCAAGAAAAUCUUGUCACGAUUGGAUUGGACCCCCAGAUAGACAUUCAAACCUCCGCCCUGUGCACUUCUACAUCCCUGAAAAUGAAUCAUCAUUGGAGCAAAAGCUCAGGGAACUGAGACAAGAAACACAAGAAUGGAACCAGCAGUUCUGGUCGAACCAGAAUUUGACUUUCAGUAAGGAGAAGGAAGACUUCAUCCACUCAAGACUGCAAGCCCGAGGCCUGGGCCUGGCAGUGGAAUCAGGUCAAAAAACAACAUUGAGCGCAGAAGAAAUGGCUGACUUUUACAAGGAAUUUUUAAGUAAAAAUUUUCAGAAGCACAUGUAUUAUAACAGAGACUGGUACAGGCGUAAUUUUGCCAUCACCUUCUUUAUGGGCAGAGUGGCCCUGGAGAGGAUGUGGAACAAGCUGAAGCAGAAGCCAAAGAAGAUGAGCAGUUAGGCCGCCCUGACCCGCCAGGCCAAGCACCACUCCGGAGGGCCUGUGAGUGGCCAGAGUCCAAGGUCGCUCUCCUCUCAGGGCAGGGCCAGCUGAUCCCACCUGACUGGGUCGCCAGCCAGCUGGUUGUCACGGAUAUGCUGUUAAAUAAAGCCCAAGCUCUGCA